CAGGGACACAGAGCGUCACCGGUGCCACCUCCCUGCUCCAGCCCAGAGCACAGGGCACCGCAUGGUGUGCAGAGGGCUCGGGAAUAUCCCCGCUCAGGGAGACUCCAGCCCCUCCCUGGGCAGCCUGGGCAGGGCUGGGCAGUGCCCAGGGCACGAGUUGUGCCUCCUGUGCAGGGGGAAUUGCUGGGCUCGGACCCUGCCCGUGGCUCUGGUGCCACUGCUGGGCCCCUGAGCAGAGCCCGGGCUCUGCUGGGAGCCCUCCCUGCACACAGGGACAGCCAGGGCUGAGGCCCCUCUCAGCUGGGGCUCCUCUCCAGGCUGAACAGCCCCAGCUCCCUCAGCCUUUCCUCCACAGGGAGAUGCUCCAGGCCCUCCUCAUCCUCACAUGUACUGGCCCCACUUGAGGAACUCUGUGUCUUCCUUUUCCUGAGGACCCCAGGACUGGCCACAACACUCUAAAUGUGUCUCACCAGGGCUGGGCAGAGGGGCAGGGCUCACUUUCCCCUGCACUCUGGCCAUAGCUCAUGCCCGUGUCCCUGCAGUGCAGUGCCCCUGGCCCACGUGGAGGUGGAGGGCCGCAGGGAUCGGCCACCCCUUGUCCUGCUCCAUGGGCUCUUUGGCAGCCACAGCAACUUCCAGACGGUGGCCAAGACACUGGUGCGCCGUGGUAGCGGCAAGGUGCUGACGGUGGACGCCCGGAACCACGGCAGCAGCCCCCACAGCCCUGUGAUGACGUAUGAAGCGAUGAGCCUGGAUGUGCAGCACCUCCUGAGCCGCCUGGGCAUCACCAAGUGCAUCCUCGUGGGGCACAGCAUGGGGGGCAAGACGGCCAUGACACUGGCCUUGCAGCAGCCAGACCUGGUGGAGCGCCUCAUCUCUGUAGACAUUGGUCCUGGCUCAACCGCCCCCGUGUCUGAAUUCUCUGCCUACAUCUCAGCCAUGAAGGAGGUGAAGGUCCCGCUGGGGCUGAGCCGCUCGGCAGCACGCCAGCUGGCAGAUGACCAGCUGCAGCCUGUGGUCAAGCUCCCACAGCUCAGACAGUUCCUCCUCACCAACCUGGUGGAGGUGGAGGGCCGCUACAUGUGGCGGGUGAACCUGGAGGCUAUUUCCCGGCAUCUGGCAGAUAUCAUGAACUUCCCCAUCUUCCACGAGCCGUACCCUGGUCCUGCACUGUUCUUGGGAGGGUCUGACUCGCCCUAUAUCAGCUCCAGAGACUACCCAGAGAUCCAACGCCUCUUCCCCAAGGCAGAGAUCCAGUACAUUAAAGGUGCAGGCCACAUAGUCCAUCAGGAUAAAUUUGAAGAAUUCAUCACUGCUGUCCUCAAUUUCCUGCCACAGCUGUAGCACUGGGGACCAGGGUUUCUGUAAAGCCCAUGUGGGUCCUGAGGAGCUCUGGGCAGUGACGCAGGGCUCGGGCUCUGAGGAUGGGCUCAGCUGGGACUGGCUGCCCUCACUGCAGUCUGAUCCUGCCUGCAAGACCUUUUCCCAUCCUGGUUCUCCUGCAGUCAGAGCAGAGAGGCACCUGCAUCCUGCUGAGAUCUCCUGCCACCUCGCAGGGACACGGGGUGGCACUGGCUCAGGACACUGUCCUGCCUGCACGGUGGUGUCAGGCACAUGGAAGGGGCAGAGAGCCCUCUUCUUUUCCUGCUGCCAGACCCUCCCAAGGAUCUGGCCGUGACUUUGCAGAAUGUGCAAUAAAGCUGAUUUCAUGCCAAGGCACAACACA